GGACAGAGACAGUGCCAGAACACCUCCCUUUGUGAGUAUGUUUCUGAAAAAAACCUCCCACACCCGGAACUUUAAAGCCGGGUUCAAAUUCGGACCAGAAACGCGUACAGCACCCUAAUUUUGCAAUUCAAUCGAUCAGAAUCAAUUCGAAUCGAGAGAGACAUCUCUCAACAAUGGGGGAUUUCAACCUAGCCCUCGUGAUCGUCGCCAUUAUCGUCUGCAUACUGGUCUUCAUAUUCAAUGUCUACCUCCUUAUCAACUACCAACACCCCGACGACGCCAACCAGGCUUAUUUCCCCAAAUUCGUCGUCGUUCUGGGUCUCUCCGUUGCCGCAAUAUCCAUUCUCAUGUUGCCGGCAGAUAUCGCCAAUCGGCAGGCCUGUCGUCACGCGAUUUACAACGGGGCGUGUAAUCUUACUCUCCCGAUGAAGGAUCUCUGGCUCGCUAUCUACAUUCUCGAUGCUGUUCUCGUCUUCUUCGUUAUUCCUUUUGCUAUGUUCUACUACGAAGGCGACCAGGAUAAGAGUAUUGGAAAACGGAUCAAAAGCGCAUUAUUGUGGGUGAUAACUACAGCUAUUGUUUGUGCUCUAUUACUCGGCAUUCUCUAUGGACUUGUUGGAAAGGUGGAUUUCACUGUUAGACACCUCUCGUCGGCCACUACUCCCUUCCCUAGUACAUGGGGCUUCUCUAGCAGUCAACAAUGUAUCGGUGGUAGCGGCUCACACCAGUGUUCUGCAUAUUUGGCUAGUGCUUCAUCAGAGACAACAUGGACAAUGCUCACUACAUUCCCGGAAUAUGUUGUUGCAUUGGCUACAAUCGUCGGAUCUGUACUUUUCUCUAUAUUUGGCGGUGUUGGCAUUGCUUGUCUGCCAUUGGGACUUGUAUUUUCAUUCAUUAGGCGUCCAAAGGCUGUUAUCACUCGUUCACAGUAUAUCAAGGAGGCAACCGAACUUGGUAAAAAAGCGAGAGAAUUAAAGAAAGCAGCUGAUGCACUCCAUCAGGAAGAAAGGAGUGGGAGCAAGGGAAGAAAAUGGCGCAAAAAUGUCAAGACAGUAGAAAAGGAGUUGCAUCUACUGGAAGAUGAUGUCAAGGCAUUAGAAGAGAUGUACCCUCAAGGUGAAAAGGCUGAGACUGCUUGGGCUAUGACCGUUCUUGGCUACUUGGCCAAACUUGUGUUGGGGAUUUUAGGAUUGAUUGUUUCAGUGGCAUGGGUUGCACACAUUAUCAUUUAUCUAUUGAUUGACCCUCCACUGUCUCCGUUCCUAAAUGAAGUUUUUGUUAAGUUGGACGACAUUUGGGGUCUUCUGGGUACUGCAGCAUUUGCAUUCUUCUGCUUCUACCUUCUGCUUGCAGUGAUUGCUGGGGCAAUGAUGCUUGGCUUGAGACUAUUUUUCAUUACAAUUCAUCCCAUGAAGUGGGGAGCGACUUUGAUGAACUCUUUUCUUUUUAAUGUGGGACUUAUUCUUCUUUGCUCCAUCAGCGUGAUUCAGUUCUGUGCCACAGCAUUUGCAUACUAUGCACAAGCUACUUCCGCUCAAGAAAUUUUUGGACACACCUUGCAAUCUCUUCGCGGAAUCAAAUAUUUGUACAAGUACAAUGUUUUUCAAAUUGCAUUUAUUGUUCUAGCGGGGCUGACAUUUGUGUAUUAUGCAGCUUUUGGAUGGAGAAGAAAAAAGCCUAGUGGCAGGUUCCAGCUUUCCACUUGAAUCAUUUAGUGUCUCGAAGAACAUGCGCUUGACUAGAUCUUCCAGAAUACCGAGUUUUAUCAGCUACAUUAGAGGCAAUUUGAUGUUCAAAUGAUUGUGGCCUACUUUGUUUAAUGUUGUUAUCUGAAGAAGUAGGCAUAAACCGAUGAGUUGAUGACUCCAGUGCAAGUGGUGUUGUGACUGCUGUUGCUGCUCUCUGGUUGUUUCACCACUUUGUGUAUUCUUUCUUGGUGGUGGUUGUUAUAAGGAGGCUUGGUUAAUGUAUUUUUCUCUAGUCAUUUGGGGGGCUUGGUAUAGAACUACCGGUUAUGGAAUGUAUCAUCAAUGAGAACAAAAAUUUCUUGAACAUUCUGCCCGUGUUGACUUUUUUGUGUACAUACUUUGAGGAAACCCUUGGUUUUCCAACUAUAAAUUUGCUUGUGAAAGUUAUUUGUAGAAAAUUGUUUAA